AUGUCUGCACUCGAAAACCCCUCAACGUGCACUCGAAUACCAUCCGCGCCCGUUGCCAGUGCACAGAGCUACAUUCUGUACCAGGCAGUAAUUUUCCUCGUAAAUAUGUCGUACUCUGCGUGGUUCUUCUUCAUCGCGUCCGUGUGUCCGAACAUCAACGUCGCCAACCCGAUCGCAUUGCUGUCGCUUCUGUUUCUGGCCACAUUUUCGGGCUUUUUGAUCACCAAGGAUACGAUUCCUGUAUAUCUGUCGUGGAUCUACUGGAUCAGUCCGCACGGCUGGGGCAUUCACGCUGUUGCCGUGAACCAGUACCGAGACUCUCGGUGGGGGAAUACAUGCUUAGUGCCCUCGGAGAAGUACUGGUUGUGGUUUGGUCUGGUUUUCCUAGCUGGCUCCUACGUUUUCUUUAUGACUCUGUCGUGUCUGGCACUGGAAUUCUGGCGCUACGAGACACCGAAGACCAUUUCCCUCGACGUUGAGUCAGACAAGAGUGAGCAGUAG